AUGAGCCUCGGCUCCGCGCCGCCUCCCGGCCCCAGGGCGUUGAAGCGCCACCGCGCCAACCGCCUCGGCACGGAGUCUGGGCCGGUGGAGCGCGUCCUCGUCCUCGUCCUCGUUCUUGUCGCCGUCGUCGUCGCCUCCCGGCCCCAGGCCGCGCAGCUCGCCUACGAAGAGCAAAUGCACGCCGCCAGGGUGAUGAUUGCGCAGAACGAGGCCAAGAUCGUAUUCCUGGAGGGAGUGAUCGCGAAGACCGAGCAGGAGAAGGCGGACGAGAUCGAGCUCAUGAACCAGAACUCGGCUCUCCUGACGGACGAGGAGACGUACCUGCACGGCAUCCUGCCCGACUGCCAGUGGGUCUUCAAGGCCUUCUUCGAGCGUGCCGACAAGCGCGCCGCGGAGAUGGAGGGCCUCACUACGGCGAAG